AGUACAUCAUAGGGUUCACAGGGUAUUUCUCGGCCAAAGCUCGCCGCCUGUACAUCAGCAGCGCCCUGAGGAACGCCGGGGACCGAGCGCUGGAGUGGCACAUCGUCCCCAGAGAGAACCCGGCCGCCGACUUCCCCAGCGACUUCGAGCUGGUCCACAUCCGUCUAGCUUCUCCCAGCAGCCUGCUGACCCUGGAGGACCACCCUUACAUCAAGAGGGUGACACCGCAGCGCAAAGUGUUCCGCAAGCUCAAAUACGUUCCCU